AUAACUUCUUGCUUUAAUUGCGGUAUUUGCUCGGGUAACGUGGUUGUGAUGUAACUCGCUGAACAACAUGCUAGUUACCUCGAGACAACCGUUGCUGCCUCGUUCGUCAGCUCUGCACUCCGGAGUGUGAUACGUGCCAAGCACACUCGCAUAAAAAAAACGCGGGAGUAGCCAUGGUGAUGGUGCAAGUUACUGCUUCAUGACGCACAUCGCGUAAUCAAGGAGAACGGGCGACUGCACCGUGAACCAGUGGGGGUAUCUCGUCCCAAGCACCUUGGGAAAGACCGGAGUUGAGCAGCAGAAAAUUGCAGGGAGCACCGGAAAAGACAAAAAGACAGAAGCGUUGACCAGACGUUAGACAUCCGUACUUUUUUCUUCUGCCGAGAUUGACGCGUGAUGACUUCAAGACGAGCCUGAAACGACGGUUCUCUCCAUCUGGUCAGCCGGAGAGCUUGCUUCGUGUUACAGAGGCUAAGAUAAAGAUGAUGUGGCCUACCUCCGCUAAGCAGAGCAGUAUACAGAUGUUCUUGAGUGGCGCAUGACCGUGCAUAGUUUACAAUUCCAGAUUUCAACUAAAGGUCGAGCCAAAGCAUCAGUUUUCUUUUUAUCGUCCCAGUUCCACCACUUCAUGACUCAAGAUGUGCUGCUGUGCCAUCGAGUGCGUCAAGUGCCUGCUCCUUUUCUUCGACGUUAUUUUCUUUCUGACUGGUGUGGCGUUGCUUGGAGUGGGAAUACACGUCCUAGUUGGUGUCGUUAAUGGAACCUACGCAUCCCUGAUUGCUGGAGUGUCCUACAUCUACAUUACCUAUGCCAUCCUGGUCAUAGCAUUUAUCAUCAUUAUUGUGUCUCUGAUUGGCUGCUGUGCCGGUGUGCUAGAGAAUAAAUGCCUGCUAGUGACGUUCUACUUCUUUGUGGUGUUUUGCAUCUGCCUGGAGGUCUCGGUUGCAAUCAUAGCCUUCGUGGGCUUGUGGUACGAAGAUGAUUUUGUGGAGGCGUACAUCAUCCAAGCCUCGCGGACGGAGAUGGCAAACUAUGGCCAUAAAGACAAAGCUGGCUUCAGCAAUUCUUGGGACAGACUACAAACCGACGAGCAAUGCUGUGGUGUCCUUGCAUCAACCGACUGGCAUGAAUAUGGAAAUUUUGAUGCCGCAGACACUCCCGACAGCUGCUGUAAGGAGAUCCGAGAAGGGUGUGGUUUAACCAUCGGUGAACCGUGGGAAAAGAGCUGCGGUACUGUGUUGAUUGACAACGUAAACAACGGACUGUACCUGAUUGGUGCCAUAUGUAUUGGAUGUAUCCUUCUCCAGAUUCUUCUCAUAAUUUUCAUCUUGGCCAUGUACUACAUCCUGAAAUUUGGCAGUGGGAAGAACCGAUGCUGUGGUACCUAUUACUACGACAUGGACUAGGCCAGCUCAGUCCUCCAAUCCAAUCAUGAGUUGAGUGAAGUGGGUGGGGCUUAGUAUUCGCAUUAUUGCUGGAUUACAGAUUUGAUUGGAUAGUUGAUUUGAUCUGGUGUGUGAAUGGUUUGGAGGUUGACUGGUGACAUUUUGCUCUCCCAUGAAGUAAAGUGGGCUGGGUUUAUUAUUUAAAUUCAAGUUGGAUUGAAAAGUGGACAAAAGGGUAUUAUAUGUAAAUUAACAGGCAUCCACUGAAAUUUCCUUUGAAUAUGCAUAUACUGAAAUUUUCAGUUUUUAGUGGGCGUCGUUUAGUAUUUAAAUUAUGUCUGACCCAUGCUCCAAUAAUGUGUUGGUUGACUAAUAACGAUAUGUGUACUUAGGGAUAAACUUUGGUUGGCAGUGGUGCCUGCUAUCAAAACUCUUUGAAAAGUGGUACAUUAUUUAACAAAUUGACUGAUAUUGACCUGCAUAUGUAUUCACAGUAGUGCCGGCUUUUUAACUAUAUCCUACAUAAUUGGUUAAAAGUUCGUUCACUCACUUUUUGAAAAACUAUUUUGCACACUGAAGGGUAUAUAAUUUUGUCUUAGAUGUAAAUACUCGUAAACAGUAGUCCUGUUGUUUUUCGGUGGAUCUGUAAAUAUUUUUGUACUUGUUUGUAAUUUGUUCCCCAAAAUACGUUCCGUUUGUAAAAGAAAUACAUAAAUGGAGAGGAAUCUCACAGUCCCCCCCCUUGUCUUUGUUCAGUUCAACAUUCUCGUCAUGUUCGUUAAUAAUUUAGGCCACAAGGUUGUGGUAAGCACAGAAAAUUCGAGCAUAAAUAGCCUUUCAAAAAAUGAAGUGACUGAUCUGCAGGUUGUUGACUUGAGGUUUUCUAUUAUUUUUGGUUUUAAUCCGGAAUGUGACCCCAGAAGUAACGAUUUCGUGAUUGAGUUUCAGCGCUGCAUUUUUCUAUUUUGUUGGGCUGAAGACCAACUAGUGUUGUAGUGUGACUAUUCUUGAAGCCCUGUGCUGUAAAUUUCAAGGUAGUGCUUUGUGUGGCCAUAGGGAACGUAUUUCUGUACGUUCCUAAUUUUUUUCUAAUCUUUUUUAUUUGUAAACAUGCCAAUCUUUUUUGAUCUGUGGUGUCUCUGGUGAAUUUAACCAUAAAUGCAGUGUUGACUUUGGUCUUUAGUAUUCCAAAAGCGCCAAUAUAAGAACUAGUUUUGUA